AUGAUGUGCGGCGUCGGCGUCGGCGUCGGAGACCCCGUCGACGAGUUCCUCGUCGGGGGCGCCGGCGACGGCGGGGAGGGCCUCGUCGCCUUCUGCGACGGAGGGCUUGGGAUUGAGGAUGUCAGCGGAGGUGACUCUGGUCUUGGGCACUCUAAUUUGGGGAAAAGGGGCAGAGAUGAACCAUCUUCAUCUGGUCCAAAGUCAAAGGCUUGCCGCGAGAAAAUGCGGAGGGAUAAACUGAAUGACAGGUUUCUUGAAUUAUGUUCUGUUAUGAAUUCUGGCAAGCACACUGGUCUUGAAGAAUGUUCGGCUAGCAAUCCUGGGAAGAACGCUAAGUUGGACAAAGCAAGUAUCUUGAGCGAUGCAACUCGUAUGUUGACACAGCUCAGAGGCGAGACCGAAAAGCUGAAAGAAUCAAAUGUGAAUCUUCGAGAGACAAUCAAGGACCUUAAGGUGGAGAAGAAUGAGCUCCGAGAUGAGAAGUUGAGCCUGAAGGCAGAAAAGGAAAGGCUGGAACAACAACUCAAAGCAGCGAGUGCUGCUCCUACAGGAUUUGCUCCUCAUAUGCCUUAUCCAGCUACGUUCCACCCCGCCGUCUUCCCUCCAUUUGCACCACCCUAUCAAGUCCCAGCCAACAAAGGCGCUCCGGUCCCUGCUGCAUUCCCUGGAAUGGCGAUGUGGCACUGGUUGCCCCCAACCGCCAUGGACACAACUCAAGAUCCAAAGCUCUGGCCGCCGAAUGCUUAG